AUGAGCAGUGAUGAUAUGGGAAUGGUGUAUGAUUUCAUGCCAUAUGUUGGUAAAAUAGAGCCUGUAAAUAAUCCAAAUGUUCCAGAUCUGAAACCAAGUGCUAACUCGGUGCUCCAUCUUGCUGAGUCCAUACCCCCCUUCAAGAAUCACAAAUUAUAUUUUGAUAAUUGGUUUACCUCCCUCCCUCUCAUAGAUCACUUAGCUUCACGGGGUAUAUGGUGUAGUGGGACUGUUCAACAAAACAGAUUACAAAGCCUGACGUUUAAAUCAGAUAAGCAACUUCAAGCUUAUGGGCGUGGGUCUCAUGAUGAAUGGGAAACAGUUUAUGAGGAUGGUAACAAAAUAACAGCUCUGAAAUGGUUUGACAACAAAGCAGUGCAUCUUGUAUCUACAUUGCCACUUCAUUCCAUUCGACAAGUGCACAAGAUUGACAGAAAAUAA